AUGGCUUCUCCUGAAAUGUUUCUGUCGUCACCGUCACGUCCAAAGCGCCGCAUCGCAACUUCCCCACUCGUGAUAUCCUCCUCGCCAGAUCUCCCCUCACUUCAAAAUUUGGGAUCGCGACCGCCGAGACCUCCAAUUUUCAAGUCGUCGACUCGCACAACCCCAACUCACCAGCGGCACCGGAACGGCUUCACUUCGGCGCCAAACCCCGAGCCGGAGACCGUGAACCUGUCGCCAACAUCUGGAGCUGCUGUUCACGAGUCGCAAUAUAGAAUCCCCAACAAAGAACGACCACAUCAAUUCCCUGGGAUUAAUGACAUGGGAAAGAAAAGUGCUGAUCAGGACACGGCUCGCGUACCCUUUCUGCUUUCGUCGUCUCCUACAAGCAUACCUCACGGGGCUUCGACUGAAAGCAAGUACUUCGAAAAACCAGCACUCGAUCCCUCCGAAUCCGAAGAUACUGCCACAAUCGCUAAAGCCCCGACGCGAGACGCAGCUUUGAAUAUCGAACGAGCACCUGCGAGACGCCUGGAAUGGACACCGCCGAAACAGAAGUCGCCAAUAAUCAUUGAGCAUGAAAAUCUCAAUCCAUCAGCGACCCAGGCAUCUAAUGUGGAUAUCGAGGGGGGCGGUACGCUGUCCAGGGUUCUCGAAGCUUUCAAGUGCGAUGGCAUCUUGACCUCGACUGCAGCAACCCGAUCCGACGAAGACGGUGCCGUCUUUCGGAAACGCAAGCUGAUCGAUGCGGUGUCAGUGAGAUCUGAACAAAGCCCGUCAGUAGCUCCUGAGCCUACGAAUGCCAAGAAGAAGAAGGCCCCAAAAAAGAAACCACGAACUAUCACGGGGCUGGCUACUGCUGCGUAUAAGCUCGCUAGCCAAACUGACCCGAGCGUUGGGGAGGAAAUCCAAAAGCAGGCAUCAAAUGCAGAUACUCAAGCUGCAGCAACCAACUCUGAGGAGAAAGCAUUAGCAAAGAAAACAAGAAAGCGUACCGCCAAAGCUCCGAAAAAGACGAAGAAAAAGGAACCGCCGCCCAAGCCCAUGCUAUUGUCACCUAGCGCGGCGCUGCGUCAAGUUGCAAAUCAGGACUUUCUUUUUGGAACCUCGAGUCAGCUGGCCCAAGAACACUCCCCUGGAUUCCUACGAGAUUUGGCAACCGCUAUGAAAACUUCAAAUGAAAUCGAUUACGUCUCAAUCGCGACGCCAAUCAACAGCGAUGCUAUUGAGCCUCCGGUGGCGAAGCGCUCGCUUUGGGACGCAGCGGCCCGCGAUGAAGACGGAGACCUGUUUGACCUGGGAGUCCAAGAACUGGCCCAGAAGUCGCAAGAAUUGCCCGUUCCCGAGGCACAGGCCGAUCCUUUUGGAUACGUCAGAGAUGCAAGCCCCACUGCGGACGAUUCAUUUCUUAGCCUCUCUGAUGCAUUACAGCCGCAACAGUUGCCCGGCGUGGGAAACCCAAAUGCAGAGCAAACAAGCCCCGCGCCUUGCUCUCAGGAUACCGGUCAUGUGCCCCCCGCACCGGAAUCGUCAAACUUGCGACCUCGUCCCAAUUUCGAUCUCUAUACAGAUGCACAAUUGGCUAGUGCUGUCUCAUCCUACGGGUUCAAGAAUGUACGUCAAAGAGGAGCACGCAUCGCGCUCCUAGACAAAUGUUGGCAAGGCAAAAAUCAAAUUGGUGCUGUUACAGGCGCAAGAUCUGCUUCGACGCUCACCGGACCAGUCCUGCGGUCACCCGUCAAAUCAGGUCGGGCAAAGUCGCCCGUCACGACACCUGCUCGCCCAGAGUCAUCUUUGGCUAGUGCAUCGCAGCCACAAGAGCCGCCUCCAUCAGCCCAGCAGCCCAUGAGUCCACCGAGGCGGCCCCGCGGCAGACCACGAAAAGCGCCAGUACCAACGCCAGCAUUGUCAGAGACUGUUUCCCUUUGCGCUGCAGCCAUGCUGCAUCCAGCUGCCACGAAGUUAGCCCCUAGCACGCCUAAGCGCAGCAAAGCCAAGAACUCUAGAGUUGUCGUCGAAAUUCCAGACUCUGAAUCAGAACUUGACGAAGUUGACGCUCUACUCUCCGAUUCACCAUCUUCAGUGCCAGAUGAGACGUUUUCUCCCUCGCAAGGCGUGGACCUGUCUUUGUCUAUGGAGGAAGACUCCGAACUGUCUAUUGCAGUGUCGCCUGGUGGCAAGCCGGCCUCUUUUGAGUUUAUUAGCAAGGCAGUCACUUCCGCACCUAGGACCAAAGACGUCAGCAACCCAUCCUGGCAUGAAAAGAUACUCAUGUACGACCCGAUCAUCCUCGAGGACCUUACUGCAUGGCUAAACUGUGGGCCGCUCACCCAAGCUGGCUACGAUGAUGAGGUGAGCUCGGGGGAGGUGAAGAAGUGGUGUGAAUCAAGAAGCAUAUGCUGCCUCUGGAAGGUCAACUUGCGAGGGAAGGAGAGAAAACGAUAUUGA